AUGGCCGCCCAAGGAGCCUCGGGUGACAUGAAGAGCCCUUAUGAUUCUUCCUCCAGGGAGUCGGCUCGGAAUCCAGAGGCUGCUUUGAUGGCAUCUGAAGCAUAUUCAAUUGGCCAUGGCGAUAAGGCGGAUUUUCAAGAUAUGCUGCGUCUGGGGAAAAAGCAGGAGUUCAAGAGAAACUUCAAUCUGCUGUCGACUCUGGGCUUUAUCUCGAUUUAUAUGGCAACUUGGGAGUUUGUGCUGGUUUCUCUGAGUGCAGGUUUCUCGAAUGGAGGAUUUGGUGGUCUUUUCUGGGUGUUCAUUGGCACUGUUACGUGCUACAGCACAAUUGUUGCAUCUCUCGCUGAGAUGACGAGUAUGGCGCCAACAAGUGGGGGACAAUAUCAUUGGGUUUCGGAAUUUGCGCCUGCUGGUCAACAGAAGUUCCUCAGUUAUGCUGCAGGAUGGAUGAGUACACUUGGAUGGCUGGCCAGUGUAUCCAGCAGUGUGUUUGUGAUGACAAGUCUUAUCGAGGCGAUCAUUGAUGUCUCUAAUCCUGACUACCUUUUCAAAGCCUGGCAAUAUACACUGAUCAUGUUAGCCUUUCUCAUCAUCACCAUCUUCUUUAAUACCUGGGGAGCGAGAACUCUGCCGAAGCUUGAAGUCCUUUCGCUGUUUGGACAUCUUGGAGGGUUUUUGGUCGUGAUGAUCCCGCUACUUGUCAUGGCACCGAAGAACUCAGCGAAAGAGGUGUUUACCGAGGUCGUGAACAAUAGUGGAUGGAAAAACACUGGGACAUCGUGCUUAAUCGCACAAGUUACUGUGAUGUAUUGCAAUCUUGGAUCCGAUAGUGCUGUCCACAUCUCCGAAGAGGUCGAGAACGCAUCUAUCAACGUCCCUCGAGCUAUGUGGUGGAGUUACAUCCUCAACUUAACAAUGGGAAUUACCAUGCUUAUUGUCAUGCUCUUCUGUAUUGGGCCCUUGGACGGCGUUCUAGAAGCACAAUCGCCAUAUCUCGCGCUCUUCAAGAAUACAGGAUCCGAUGCAACUGCCACCGCUCUGCUCGUCAUUCUCUUCCUGCUCAUCUCGCUGGGUAACAUUACUGCGCUAGCCACUACUUCGAGAGAGAUGUGGGCAUUCUCUCGUGAUAAGGGUUUCCCGUUCUCGCGCUGGAUUUCGAAGAUGAACCACAAACGCCAAGUCCCUGAUAACUCCGUCUACCUGACGUCCAUCAUCGCCGGUAUCCUUUGCCUCAUCAACCUCGGUUCCACAUUUGCCUUUAACAUCAUCGUCUCUCUGACUCUCCUCGCCCUCCUCUCCACUUACAUGAUCUCCAUCGGCUGCGUCCUCCGCAAACGCUUACUCGGUGAACCUCUCCCACCGGCCCGCUGGUCCCUCGGUCGAUUCGGUAUCCCUAUCAACAUGUUCGCAUUCUUCUAUUGUGGAUUUGUUAUGGUAUUUGCGUGCUUCCCAGCGGAGUUGCCGGUGGAUACGUCUUCGGCAAACUGGGCGCCGGCUGUGUGGGCGGGUGUGCUGGUAUUGAGUGUGGUUAUCUAUGUUGUGCAUGGUAGGAAACACUACACUUCCCCUGUAGUAUUUGUGGAGGGCAGGAGGGCGGAGGGCACGGAAUUGCAGGGUGUGAGUUAA